CUGGAGAGUGAGGGAGGUAGAGAUUCGGUGUUCCAGAUGAAAGCAGAGAUUAUUUAUUUCUCUGGGGGAGCGAGAGAGAGGGAGGGAGAGAGGGACAGACAGCGGCAUAGUCUUGUCAGGACUGCGCCGAUCUUAAUGCGUCUCUUACAAACGAGCCAUUAAAAGCCGAUCAAGCGCUCGCAGUCUUCAAAGUUUGGAUUUCCUCAUCCCUCCCGUGCGUAGUCUGUGCCAUUCCGAGCAGGUAAAACAACUUUAGAUGUUUUGGUGUGGAUGCUGUCAUGCCAUUUGGGUGCCUUGCUCUGCGAGAUGGGCGGUCAUACAACAGCCUGUCAGACGUCACUGACAAAUACGAGAUUGGACAGGUCCUCAAAGCAAAAGAAUUUUGUGAGCUGUGCCUGGUAAAGGAACGACAGACGGACAAGGUCUAUGUGUGCAAGAAAUUCCUCAAGAAGGAUGGCAGGAAAGUGCGGAAGGCAGCCAAGAACGAGAUCAUGAUCUUGAAAAUGGUCAAACACCCAAACAUCCUGCAGCUGAUUGAUGCAUUCGAGACCAGGAAAGAGUUCUUCAUCAUACAAGAGCUAGCCACAGGUGGAGAUGUGUUUGAUUGGAUCUUAGACCAGGGGAACUACACAGAGAGAGAUGCCGCCAGUGUGAUCCGUCAGGUCUUAGAAGCAGUGGCAUACCUUCACUCCCUAAACAUAGUCCACAGGAAUUUAAAGCUGGAGAACUUGAUGUACUAUAGAGAAAGCAACCACAACAAGGUUGUGUUGCGAGAUUUCUACCUGUCCAGGUUUGAGAAUGGCUCAAUCACAGAGCCCUGUGGUACACCCGAGUACCUAGCUCCUGAAGUGGUGGCUCGUCAUCGCUAUGGAAGACCAGUUGAUUGCUGGGCAGUGGGGGUCAUUGUGUACAUAUUGUUGUCUGGAAACCCUCCGUUCUAUGAUGAAACUGAGGAGGAGAACACUGAUAUGCACAACCGGAUAAUCUUCUGCCGCAUUGUUGCUGGAGAAUUCGAAUUUGAUUCACCAUACUGGGAUGAAAUUUCCCCUGCUGCAAAAGAGCUUGUCUGUAGACUUAUGGAGGUUGACCCGAUGCUGAGAAUCACUGCACAAGAUGCACUUUCACAUGGAUGGAUCGCUGGAAAUGGGGCUUCGGAAAAAAAUCUGAAGGAAGGAGUCUGUGCUCAAUUUGAGAAAAACUUUGCUAAGGCCAAGUGGAGGAAAGCGAUUCGUGUCACCACAUUCAUGCAGCGUCUCCGAGCUUCUGAAAUGGGAUCUUCUGAUGGGGCAGCACAGGGCAAAGGGGUCAAAGCGGAUGGUAAGGGGAUACAAACAGACUCAGGCGGCAUUUCUACUGUGAGCAUGUCCCAUGAGGUGUCCGCUGAAAAUAAACCUGUGGAGAAUCAAGAAGAGGAUAAAGCAAGAAACCUAAACGCAGAAGAGAAAGAAACAGAGACCCUUACCAGAUCAAACAGCUCUUUAAAAGUACAAGCAGAUGAGCCGAACAUGAAAGAGUCUACCGAAGGCACUUCUGAAAGGGAGGACAAACCUUUAACAAGAGCGAGCCAGAAAGCAGCACCCAGCCAGCCUAACAAGACAUCAGACAACCGAGAGAACGAUGUCCCCAAGGAGCCAGAGGCCACAACUGUUGGCAGUGUCGAGAAGAAAUCAUCUUUCCCCGAUACGCCAAAUCGACGAAAAAUGGCUGCCAAUCUCUCGAUGGAUCAUGGCUCAUGUUCUGAUGUCAAAACCAGUACCAAGGAACCACCUCUUAAAUCAGAAGAAAAAAAAGACACAGCCCAUGAUAUGGCUGCAAAUAGCUGGUGUCAAACACAGCUCCCAGAAGCAGUUGCAGAGAGGCCAGUGGAAGUAGGGGUGACUUGCGAGGUCAAUCCUAAGAGCAGAGAGUUGAAGAAAGGACGAACGGACAAGGGUAGCCAGUCUGUGAAAAACAUCCAGUGUACAUAUGCCAGUUUGGGAUCUUCAAGUCUCGGCCAUGAUAAAACAGUAUUUGAGCAGGAGCUGCAAGAGAUGGUCCAAGGUGCAUCAGGGUUUGCUAGCCCAUUCUGUCCAACUUACUCUGUUGGACAGUACGCUGGUUUAGAUCCCGGAAGUGGAGCCAGUGCAGACUGGCAAAUGGAUUGUGUAAUUGAACAAAUUGAGAAGCAAAUGGCUGCCGUGUUAGAGAAGAUCGAGGGGGACAUGCCUUCUUUGCUGGAGCAGAUCAGCGACCAUCCCAAGACCCUUCCGAGAGCAAAGAGUGCCAGCUCUUCCCCGUCACCCCGAUCUCGCUCAUACCAUCAUUCGACCCCACCGCCCCUUCCCACCACACCUCGCCCAACUAUGCCUUCUCUACCACACCUGACCCUCCCGCCUCCCUCGUACCCACCACCUUCCCCACCAAGUCACAUCCAAGGUCACAGCCAUCCAACUGCCGAUGAUGGUAACUGUGAUGGCCAGAAGUCUACAAAGCGGUCUGGCCAAUCACCAAGGGGAAGUGUAUCUGGAAAAGGGUUGUAAAUAUGCUAAGAGGGUGUGAACGCUCAAGAAUGAAGGAGGUGCACCAUGUAACAAAAAAUCUUUGGGCUAUGGAUUAUGGAUCCAUGAGUACAGCAUACCUUUUAGGGCUGAACAAUGAUCUUUGGGCUCCAACACAAAGAGCCUUUUUACUGAUUGUAUGUGAUGGAUAAAAAGCUUUUUUUAUGUGUAAAGAAGAAAGUAACUGAGCAAACUGAAAAUAUGGAACACUAUUUUGUUUUAUUAAAGAAAACAAUUAUGGUUAUCCUACUAUACAUGGUUGUAAAUGGUUCUGCUCUACACUACAAGAUCAUAGCAAACACUAUUAUGUUUCCUAAAUAACAAUUAAAUUAAAAACUAAAUUAAAUUAAUGCAUUUAGCAGACGCUUUUAUCCAAAGCGACUUACAUUGAAUUCAGGCU